AUUGAGCUGCACGGAUUUCCGUGGAGUGACGCGCCGUUCCGCGUGUGCGGUGCUCCUGCACAAGAGACCAACGGAAGCGCCUUGGGUGAUGAUAACGGAUAGACGGAGGCGGAGGGACGAGGAACGCAGAGAUGGCUAAGGAGCGAGAUGUGUGCACGCACAUUUGAGUGUGAAUGGCGGCGAUGACGUAUGAAUCCGGACAGGACUCCGCGUGACUGCGGGAGGAGUGGGGAAAUAAAGCGUUGAAGGAAAUGCCAAUAAAUCCGAUCCGCGUGCAUCAUUCAAAACCGAAAGACUGUGUUGUUGAGCAGUAGUUAGUGCGUGUUUUGUGUUUGUGUGGGGUUUUUUUCCGCAUCAUUUCCAGAUCCGGAGAUAUAUUUUGUAUUUUACUUUAUGAGGUAUCUUCGGAACAACACGAGGACCUGUUCUGCAGGAUCGCGAGGACAGGCUUUGAUCUUUAUUGGACCGGUUACGGGCCGGCGCCUCCGGGCGGACCUCAUCCCUGCUCUGCACAUCUUCUUCAGGCCUGAUAGGCUCGGCCGGCCCGGAGGGUAGCGCACUGCCUCAGGGAUGUGGAGGGAGGCAGGGAGGCAGGGAGGCAGGGCGAAGCCGCACGGCCUGAAUGAUACAGCUACAUUAUACAAGCUACAGCUUGUGCCAAUGACGCUGACAUCUACUGCCUCCUGUGGGUCCGAGCCACUGCGCGAUUGUAACGCUCCCGUAAUAUGUAAUAAUAUGUAAGGUUUGCGUGGCUUUUAUUCAGGUCGUAAAUAGCUUAAUGACCUGACGUCGGUCAAAAGAAAAAGUUGUCCAAUUACGCACGAUCCUCGCAAAACCGGCAGGAAACUUUUAGACGGAAAUCUUCGUUCGUGCGCCGAAUAUUCACAGUUUUCUGAAAGUGUUCCGGACGAAAAUGCCCUCACCGUCGGAUUCCAGCAGUAUGGCGUCCAUGUCGGGGUCGCGAGGGUUUUCCGGCAGCCGUCGAGGAAUGUCUGGAAGGGCACGUGCACGCGUACUGCUGUACCUGGGUCUGUGUCAUCUCGCGCUCGGCGCCAUGGUGCUGGCUUUUAGCUUCACGAGCCUGGCAUUCACCUCUUCCCCUCGAGUCAGACAGUCCUGUCCGUUUUGGGCAGGAUUUUUCGUUGUAGCUUCAGGUGUGGUGGGAGUCAUUUCCUGGAGAAGACCGUUCACACUGGUGGUGUCGUUGUUCAUGCUGCUGUCGGCAGUGUGUGUGAUCCUCAGUCUGGCUGGGUCCAUGUUGUCCUGUCAGAAUGCACAGAUGGUCAAGUCCUAUCUCACCUGCCAGGUGGAGAAUGGUCUUUGUUUAUGUUGUGACCCAAAGCAGACUUGCUCUUUGUCAGAGGACGAGACCUUGGUGCUGUACAUGCAUGCAGACUGCCACUCAGUCCGGCACCAGCUCAAGGACUUGCUAUUCAGUGCCUGUGGGCUGAGUAUUCUAUCUACCAUCAUCUGUACUCUGUCAACUGUCACCUGCAGCAUCCAUAUUUUUUCCUUGGACCUGCUGCAUCUGUUGGCUCCUCACCGCACUCGCUCGGUUAACCCAGAAUGCACCACUCCUCAGGACGCCUUCCUCACUAACAUGGUGGACUUUGAAGAGUUUGUCCCGCCCAUCCCCCCACCUCCCUACUACCCCCCCGAAUACACCUGCAGCUCGGAGACGGACGCGCAGAGCAUCACGUAUAAUGGCUCAAUGGAGAGUCCCAUCCCGCUGUACCCCACAGAGUGCCCCCCUCCGUACGAGGCAGUCAUGGGACAGAGGGCUCUCAGCCAAGCCACAGUGUUCGACGCCCACACCGGCGAGAUUUCUGCAGAGCGAUGGACGUCCGCCGCCUUCAGCGGCGAAGCGUCAGUGGAUAGCAGCUCCCUGCUGAUGUCGGAGAUCGUGGACAUUCCAGAUGACACCUCGCCGUCGGAGGACUCGUGUCUGAUGGAGGCAGGGGUGAGGGUGAGGAGCAGGGCGCAUGCGCCCAGCGAGGAAGGCGCAGUGACAGAAGACCCUCGCUGCCCCACCCUAGAGCCCAACGUGGCGAUGCUCCCCCCUCUGACCUACGUCUGUUUCAGGGGGGAGCGAUCCAACUCCUGCUCCUCUCCCAGCACAUACAACAGCUCCACCUACAGGUCUCCGCUAAUGCCACGCCACACCGUGUUAUCCAGUAGCUGUUCUCAGCUGCAGAUGCUAGGCAGCUCCACCUCUCAGGGGUCGUCAGCCCCGGAGAUCCCGGGCUGUCGCUGCACCUCCGACACCACCAGGCCGCGCACUCCUGCCUCUCUGGCAGCUCCUGUCAUACACGUCGGGCCGUGCGUCCAUCAGAGGGCAGGGCGGGACAGAAGGGAAAGUGAUGGCCCCAUUUCACUAGUCAGGUCCCACAGCGAACCAGUCCUGAGUUCUUCCACCAACACAGGUGACUUCAGCGGCUCGGUAGGCAGUAAAGGUGUGUGUGUGGGGGGUUGUCAUACCUCAUCAGAUGCAGGUCGCUCGUUGGAGGCGUGUCUGCAGAGGCAGUGCUUGCCUUUGGCGCCCCUUGGUGCGCUGCCCCGGAAGGGCAGCCUGAAAGCUGGCACAGAGCGGCUGCCCUGCAAACAGGCCCAGUGCAGCUCUCUGCGCGUCCCCAAAGACUGCACGCGAUCCUUGGGAGACCUGAAGGUAACCAGAGUGCUGGUGCAGCGUCUCCUGCAGAGAUCCAAGCGGAACCUUGGCCCUGCCGCGGAGCACGCUGGGAACUGCAGCCAGGGACCCAAGAGGAAGGUCGGCGGAGAGGGGAGCCUGCCACUUGAACAGAUCUUGCGUGCCACCUGGGGAGCCAGCAGGGGGCAGCAGUACCAGCCACAUGUACACUGCCAUCGCCGGGGGCACCACCACUCACACAGUGAGAGUCGCCAUAGCAGCCGUCCCCGUGACUAUGACCCCGUGAGGUCAGAGGGCAUCCACUUGCGCAGCUGUGGCGACCUAAGCUUCACGUCUGCCGAGCUGCUGCGCAGGCUCCGCCCACCUCCACACGAGUCAGCUGGCGCUCUCUACUCAGAGUCGGCGCUCUGAGCACAGGGAGGCGGGGUGUCUUUCACGGAGGAAUGCGGUAGUGAGGUCAGGAAGGAGCAGAGGAGAGGUGACUCCGAUCUGAGGAUUGUGCUGGAAUAUGGGACGCUGGGAUCAGCCAGGCCGUGGGAAAAUGUCACUAACCCACCAUAACAUUCUAACACUUCACAGAAAGGAGAGAGACCUGAUGAGGAUUUUCCUUAAUGAGUCUUCCCAGUUAGUCCGCACAGGCCAAUGCGAGCUAAAGGACAUUCCCAGUGUAAGGUCUUAACUGGUUUAAUCCUGCUGAAUGAAGAACCCUCCAUUUGUAAAGGAAUGUUCUGGAGUGCACAUCCACCGCUCUCUCUACGUCUGGAACACACAACAGCACUCUCGCUCAGACCCACGAGUCCUCACCCUUCUACAGCUUCUCCCUACCUGUCUGUUCAUAGACACUCCACUCCCACAUCCACCCACUCACUGUGUCUUUGUGGAACUGGCACUGGAGCAUGCAUGCACACACACACACACACACAAAUCCUCCAUUACAAUCCUAGAGCUUCGUAUGCAUAUCUUGGCAUUAGUUCUAGUAAAUGCACUGGAUCCUUUCAGCAGGUUUUGAAGCCACCUGUAAGUGUGUGUAUUUCCUGUUGCAGGACUGUGAAUGUCAAAGGGCCGUUACACUGUAUGUAACAAAACUGCUCCUUCCCCUCACAUGCUUCUACACCAAGUAUCUUAUGUAAGAAUAUUACCGCUCAUCUGCGUUACGAGACCAGGUCAGCUAGCACUGUUUUUACCAGCCAUCUACAUAUGAUCAUAGACUAAUCAUAUUUGCACAUUUUCUUUAAAAGCCAUGCAACAGUGCUAUUUUUGGAAGAAAAAAAAGUAUUUCCAACCACACAC